UUAUCGUUUAAAUUUAUUUUGUUAAUCUUGUGAAUCUAGAAGAUAUUUUGGAUCUUAUCUAUUUCGCUAAAAAUUCUUGUGAGAUAAAAUUUUGGAGAAUGCAAAAAUCAGUCCUUGAUUACUUUGGUGUUUCACCUUCCUGGGAAGCGAAUAACUCUAAGAGAACAGAGUUGUUCUAUCAGCUUGUCAAGAUAGUGGAAUUGGCGCGUCUGUUGGAAAAACGUAUUAACAGAAUGGUUUAUUUAGUCGAGUGCCUGUCUAAACGAAAUGACAAUCACAUAAAUAAGAAGUUAAGCUAUCUUCUAACAAUCCUUUUGCAGGUUAGAAAGUUUCACUUAACUAAAAUCAGUGAAGUUUUUGACGCCAACGAAGACAUCAAAAAUAAUGUAAUGGCGUUUGUACUACGAACUCCUCCUCUGUCGGUAAAAAACUAUAGACUUCAGCAUUGAAGUCCUAACAAAGGUACUUGGAUCUUCAGUUGGAAUUGAUUUCUGGGCACUUUCAUCGAUUCGAAAUGCAGCUGUAAAAUUUAAUUAGUUAUGCUAUCUUCCCAAAGGUUGUUAUAAGGAUUGUGAAUAUUUUGGAUAUAAAAUUUUGUGCUAGAAUAUAAUAUUUGUGUAAAAGAUAUCGUAAAUAUUUUUACAAAUGUAUUAUGUUCUAGUAAAUGGUAACUAAAUUAAUUGUUAAAAUAUA